AAAACCUUAAUGGCAGCCUCACUCCCUCUCCCGGUCUGUUACCCUCUCCUCUCCUCUGUUUCAUUCACUCCAUUUCCCCCACUGAUACUCUCCCUUUCAUUCCCCUUUGUUCUCUGACUCCGUCUUCCCCCUACUACUGUUCCUCUCUUUCUGUACGGUUUUCUCAUCGUUCCCAAUUAAUCUCGCUAUCCAUGGGUUUCAAUCGAACACACCUCAGGAAGCUGAAGAGAUUACUUUUUUCUUCUCAACGAUCACUGAUUCUCUAUGAUUUACAACCCAGUUUCAGCUUCACCCAGAAAUCCAACUAUGUAGAUGUGAAGAUGAGGUGGAAGAAGGACACUUUCUAUGACUCCAUUGAAAUCAUUCACAGAUCUCCUGAACUCAAACCUCUCCUCUCCCUAAAAAACUGCAUCGCCGAAGAACCCGACGGUUGCAUCCCCAUCUGCGCCAUCUCCAAGAGUGGAUUCAAAUUGGGGGUACGAGGUAAAGUUUCAAGCUUUCUCAGGCGAUACCCAUCUGUUUUCGAAGAAUUUAGAGGACCAAAAUACAAUCUUCCAUGGUUCAGAUUGACCCCAGAAGCCAUUGAUCUCGACAGAGAAGAGCGGGUGGUUUAUAGUGAUCGAAGGGCUGAUAUUGUCGUCAGGCUGAAGAAACUGAUACUGAUGAGUAAGGAGAAGAGGCUUCCAUUCAAUGUAAUUCGAGGGCUUCAAUUUUAUCUUGGUCUGCCGGAUGAGUUCCUGAAGAACCCGGAAGCGAAUCUCGGUUCCUCUUUCAGAUUAAUGAACAUGGGUGACGGGCUUCAAGGGUUGAAUGUUGACCCAGAUGGAGAAACGAUUCUCUCUGUAAUGCAGAAGAACGCCAUAAUGAGAGGUGAGUGUACAGAGGUGAUUUCGUACCCUCUUUUCGCUUCCAAGGGGUUGAGGCUGAAGAGGAAGAUCUCCAACUGGUUAGACGAGUUUCAGAACCUUCCAUAUGUGUCUCCCUAUGAAGACUCGUCCCAUCUGAAUCCGAACAGCGAUAUCUCUGAAAAACGAGUUGUGGGUGUUCUUCACGAGUUGCUGAGUCUCUUCGUUGAUCACUCUGUACAAAGAAAGAUGCUAUUUUGUCUUCGUCCAUAUAUGGAUGUGCCCCAGAAGUUCUACAAGGCGUUCGAACGCCAUCCCCACAUGUUUUACCUAUCUUUAAGGAACAAGACUUGCACUGCGAUUCUCAAGGAACCCUAUAAUGACGAUUCAGCGAUGGAAGCUCAUCCCAUCUUGGAAAUGAGGAAGAAGUAUAACAGAUUGAUGAAGAAAUCUGAGUUUAUAUUGAAAAACAGACGACCUGAGAAGGACUCUGAAGACAGGGAGACGCAAGUGGACUCAGAACUACUUGAGUCACAAAUAACAAUCUAGUGGGAUUCACUAACCAACCUUAGAACUAGGAACUGUAAAUGAAGCCCCAGAUGAAUCUGAAUCUGGAAACUGUAACAAGACAGAUAUAGAAGACUUUCUCCUCACAUAAUCUGAAAAUGCCACUUGAAUAA